CAGCAUCUUCUCUACAACAUAGUUGAUUGUUUUGUUUGCAUAGCUUGUGUUUGGUGUUAUUUGCUGCGCCCCCACGAACUUACAAUUGGUAUCAGAGCUUGGCAAGCUUAAGUUAUUAGCUUGAUUGAUCUAUCACCAUGUGAGAUAUUCAAGUCUCUUGGUGGACAGGUUUGGAGAAGCAUAGAGGUUGGAUGGUCAGCUCCUACUAUGACAAAUGAAGAUGGAGAACUAAUUCAGAAACCUUAUGAGAGAUUCAACAAGAAAGAAAAGGAUGCUGCUGAAUCGAAUGAUCAGGCUUUGAAUGCAAUCUUCGGAGCGGUUGACAGAAACCAGUUUCGUCUUAUCUCAAACUGCACAGAGGCCAAGAGAGCUUGGGAUAUUUUGCUUAUUACUCGUGAAGGCACUACAACAGUCAAGACUGCCAAACUUCAGAUCGUGAUGUCCAAAAUUGAAAAUCUUAAAAUGGAGGAUGCUGAGUCUAUCACAAAUUUUCAUGGGUGGGUUAGAGAGUUGGCAAAUGAGGCUGAAAGGCUUGGUGAACAAAUUACAAAAAACAAGCUAGUGUUGAAAGUGCUACGUUCUCUUCUAGAAAAAUACUUUAUGGAUGUUAAAGCUAUUAGACAAACACAAUCUCUCAAUGUUAUGUCUCUUGACGAGCUGAUGGGGAACUUAGAAACCAUUGAGUUGGAGAUGCAUGAAGAUCUACGACGUAAAAAGCAGCAUGUCAUCCUCGUUGAAAAAGAGAAGCAGUGUGUUAAAGACAGUGCUGGAACAUGCUGUGCUUUUCCUACUUUCCAUAGUGUUGACGGUGACUCUGAUAGUGACGUGGAUCCAAAGGAGAUGCUUAUAAUUGUUGAAGAAAAAUUUCAAGAGUCUCUACGAGUCAACAAGAAAAUAUGUUUGGAAAAUGAUAGCCUCAAACGUGAAUUUGCUGAAUCAAAACGCGAUGUGGAACAACUCCUCAAAGAGUUACGGAGAUACAAAGGUCUCGGAUUUUCAGGUUCCGAAAGCAAUAAGACCCCAUUUGACUUGUUUGUUGAUCGAAGAAAGGAAAUUGCUCAAAAAGUCCCACAAGGAAGGAAAACAGAAGCUGCUGCAUCUGCCGGAACAUCUCAUGAAGCUUCUGCUGGAACAAUUUAUGCAGCACCCUAUGCAAAAAGGCAAAGAGUUGUGACACAAUCUAGUAUGAGAAGACAUAAGGAUCAUUAUUCUAAACCUGAAAGAUGCAUCGUCCGAGGGGGAGUCGCUCAAUAUGGCUCAAAUUGAUGUGACAAAGUCUAGGUCUAUUUUGAUAUUCAUUAUUGUAAUGCCCAAGCUCGCUUUUACUCUUCUCUUUUUUCCCCAAUAUUCUUAAUAAAACCUUUUGCAUUUU